UUUUUGUUUUACACCCCCUCUGUCGUGGCUAAUGGACACUUGGGGUAUAAAAGCCGAACAAGUGCUUAAGAGAAUUAGUUUCAAAACAAUGGUGGACGUGAAAAAACAACUCGUUCUUUUCUUUUGCACUCUCCAUGUUUCGUGGGCCUCAUCCAACUCUCCUGGGAUCCAAUGCUUCGUCCCUGGGGAAUGCCUGGACUCGCAGAUCUUGGACGCCCGUCCCACUAACACUUCCCGAGAGUGUCUAACCCAAUGCCAAUCCUUGACCGGAUGUGAAUGGUUCACUUGGUACACAGACUCGACGGUAUGCACUUCCCUCUCCGGAUGCCUGAGUUUAACCCAGGAUAAGUGCGGAUCCAAUUGCAUCAGUGGUGAGCAAGAGUGCCCGGAGAUUCAGUGUGAAGUCCACGGGCGAUGCUAUGGAGCAUUGGAAGGCAUCAGGAAGGUGGGGAAUGUUGAUGAAUGCAGUUCUAUUUGUGGUCGGCGAGCGGAAUGCACGUGGUUCAGCUACAGCAAUCAAAGCAGCUCUUGCACAAUGACCAAUGAUUGCCCGGUUUUGGAUCGAUCCUGUUCGGAUUGUCAAGCCUCAGAGAAAGCAUGUGCCCAAGGGAUUGAAGCAAAACCCGAGGAACUUCCGAUGUCCCAAUAUGUUUAUACCGAUGGUCACAUUGUGUAUUCUAUCAACUCAAGCGAUGAAAAGAUUAUGUGGUUGACAGCUAUACCAGAGGUGCCAAACUCUUUCAAAAUUCAGGUUGUGUCCAAAUGCCAUGAGGACUUGUUUGUUCUUCUUCGCUACGAUUUUAAAGGAGAGUUGGAUAAAGAUAAAAUAUGGGCAUUGAAUUUGGAUAAAGCCACUCUCAAAUGGAACGACGUGGCCUUUCCCUCCCCCGAUCUGCAACUGACACUGCCAUGCGAGUUUUCUCGGUUGAAAGAUGGAAGGAUUUGGGUUUAUUGUCCAAAACUGCCUCAAACAAUUCUCUUCGAUGGCAUACAUAUUGUUCCGUCCAUUGAACCCUUAUGGGUAAAAAGUGGCCAUGGCUUGGAACAUUUCGGAAUAGGAAGAGUUCAUGAAAACGAGUUUAUUGUUGUUGGGGGCCUACCCUACGACUUGGAAAAGGGAAUCUCCAGCCAAUCCAUUUCAAACCGUGUCUAUCUCAUCGACUUCAACAAAAAUGAGUCUGGAGCAUUACCAAAUAUAGACGCAUCUCUUCUUACUCCGUUGAUUUGGCCCAUGAUCUUGGAUAACGAACUGAAAGUUUUUAUCACCGGCGGAUAUAAAAGCAAGAAUGACUUGGAAAAAGAAACGAACAUCAAUAGACUAUUGUUUGUUUUGGAUUGGAAAUCAAAGACGUUCUCGAGCAUUACGAGGAGCUCAGACAAGUAUUUGAAACUGUCCACGCUCCCGGUCAAAUAUGUUUUCAUGAGUGGAGAUGAGCCUUAUAUUUGUUAUUCCACGGAGACCGAUGCCUUCAUGUACAAUCUGCAAGACAUCAUAAACGUAAAAGACCCUAAGAGACGAAGACAUUUCAAAAUCAAUCAAAUGGAAUUAGUGAAACGUCCUCAAGUGGCAGAUGUUUCGGAUUGGUUUGACAAGGAAGAUGAGAAUGCUUGAAAUAUGAACUAUAAAUGGUUCCCGUUCCGCAUGACUCAGCCCGGCACAUAUUUGCAGAUGAAUUGAAUAUUGUUUUUAUCAUUGGCAAAAUGCAUAAAAACUGACAUGAAAAAUUUCCAAAAUUUAAACGCUGAUAAUGAGAAACGAAGUGCGAAAAAAUCAUGCUUACAAGCAAAUAUGAUCAGAUGUCUUUCAUUUCUAUGUGGUAAACUGUAGAAUCGUUAUUUUGUCAAUCUAUCCGAAAAUCUUG